AUGGCUCGAUACGAUCCCUUCUCGCCGACAUUUGAGCAUCCGCUUCUAAAUAGUAGCCCGGACUACGGCGCCCGAUCUCAACCUUUCCGAAAUGGACCAAUUGGUGCACUUCUGACCCAGACAUCGUACCGCGAGCGGCACAAGAGACUCAAGGACCAAGACUUGGAGAAGAAUCAGUUGAUCGAGGACCUCCUCUAUCAACUCGAGACCACCCAGAAUGAACUUCGAUCCUUGCAACUCGACCAGAAUCGAGAGUCACAAUUUAACAGAGACAUCCAGUUGAGGGAAGACUCCCUGCAGAAUCAGCUGCGACAAACUAAGGAGAUCAUGGACCGUAAUGCCUUCGUCACCGCUUUGAUCGAUGGCGACGGCAUGCUUUUUACUAAGGAUCUCUUGUCUAGGGGUGAGAAGGGUGGCAAAGAGGCUGCUACACUUCUCCAAGCAGCGCUUACUGACUUUGUGUCAACUGAUCUCGGCCACCUCGACUCGGUGCGAAUCACUGUCCGCAUCUACGCCGACAUAUCAACACUCUCUGAGAACCUGACCAAAUGCAAAGAGAUUGACAAGCCCAGUGUCCUUCACGACUUCAUCCAUGGAUUUAACAACAACAAACUCCUCUUCGACUUUGUCGACGUGGGUACACGCAAUGAUGCAGCUGGUGAUAAGAUUAGCGAAAACAUGCGCCUCAGCCUUUACGACUGCCACUGUCAUGCUGUGCUACUGGGAUGUUCCCUCAACAACGACUAUGCUCGAAUAAUCGACAGAGUUGCCCAAGAUACAGAAGUCGCCAAUCAUUUGGUUCUCCUCGAGGGUGCUCCAUUUGAAAAAGAAAUCGCAGAUCUGCAGCCCGGAUUCAAGAUCGUUCGGUUCGAUAACGUCUUUCGCUCCACUAAACUGUCACCACCUAAAACUGUCACCAACGUGACUCUCCCGGUCCUGGCUAGGGUGGAAUCGAACAAAACCAGUGGCAACAACUCUGCCUCCAGUACUCCACAGAUGAAUUGGGCCACCGUUACAGCUCAAGCACACACGAACCCGACGAAUGGUUCGAAUGGAACAAACAACAGCCCUGCUGCUGUCACCACGAAACCCGUCAAACAAAGUACUCCCGCCACGAGCGUCAAUGGAGAUACCAGGAGCAAGGGUCAAAACAAGAGUAUCAGCACAAACCGACAAGGUCAACGCAUCGAUCGCACAGAUGAAGCCAUUCCAAAUUACGAGAUUCAGCGGGUCAAGAAGCUCAAGCUCUGUAACACCUAUUAUUUGCAAGGCAUGAAAUGCACCUCCAGCCACUGCACGCAUCGCCACGAUUAUCCCAUCUCUAAUUACGAGCGCAAAGUGUUGCGAGAGGUGGCCAGGAUGACUCCAUGUUACUAUCGGACCGACUGCGACGAUGCAGAUUGCAUUUAUGGUCACCGCUGCCCUCAGAGCAAGCCAGGUGAACCAGGAUGCUAUUACGGUGAGGAUUGUCGAUUCUAUGGCUGGGGUCACGGCAUCGAUACACGAAUUGUGAAAACGGUCAAGGUCUAA